UCUUCUGGCUGUUUUCUUUUUUCAUCUUGCUUUUGUCUCUGAACCGGUUUCGGACUUGAAAAGAACAGAAUCAAAAACCCAGAAAAGCACCAAAAAAAAGAAAAAGGGACAAUGAAAAUGAAGUUGAGGCCGUUUGUCCUUGGACCGGAGGACCUUACCCCGAUCUCGACAUCGGCCUCUUGCUAUUCUCCGUACAUUUUGCAUCACGGUGCUGGAUAUACCCGGCUUUUUAUCACUGGAAACGGCGUUGUGGGUUCUAACUUCCGGGGGGAUUCCCGUUUUUUUUUUUUUUUCUUCCUUUUUUUUUUUGCGUUUUAUUCAAUCUUUCCCCCCGUGUUGCGGUCAAGAUUUGGGAAGUCUUUCUGCUGUAAUGUCCAUGCAGACAUACUCGUGCUGUGUUUCUAUUCAUUGAUUGAUUGAUUGAUCCGAUGCGAUGUUCUUGUUCUGUUCAUUCUCCUUGUUU